UUUAAUGAUCGACCGGUUCCUAGUUCUACAAGCAUAGCGGGUUUAUAUGCGAUGGGGACAGAAAGCUGAUGAGGUUCCUUAGUUUCGUUGAAAUUGAUAGUAGCAAACUUGGUGCACAUAGAAGUGGUUGUUCUGUGAACUUAACUCGAACGAAUCUUAAUUGAAGUGACAGUUUUUCCUAGAAGUAUUGUGAUCUGGCCUCCAAAAAUGCCUGUGCAGAUUAAAAAUGUGCUCGUGUGCGAUGCAGUAGAUAAUGCAUGCGUGAAAUUGCUGCAAGAUCAUGGAAUCAAUGUCGACUACAAAUUGAAACUCACCAAGGAACAGUUGGUGAAGGAAGUGAAGGGCUAUGACGCACUCAUCGUACGCUCGGACACUAAAAUAACAGCCGAAAUAUUGGACGCGGGCGCUGGUCAGCUGAAGGCAGUGGGCCGGGCAGGAGCUGGCGUUGACAACAUUGAUAUCGGGGCCGCCACAAGGAAUAAUGUUCUGGUCUUGAACACCCCCGGCGGAAAUUCAAUCUCGGCCUGUGAGCUGACAUGCUUCUUGAUAGGAGCUUUGGCUAGACCGAUUUGUCCGGCGGCUGGCAGCAUGAAGGAGGGUCGCUGGGACCGUAAGCUUUACUCGGGUAGCGAGCUUUAUGGUAAAACACUUGCAAUUCUGGGUCUCGGGCGAAUUGGGCGGGAGGUCGGCAUACGAAUGAAGGCAUUUGGAAUGCGCGUCAUUGGAUUCGAUCCUAUUACCACGCUGGAGGAAGCCAAAUCGGCCGGCAUCGAAAAGAUGGAACUAGAACAGAUAUGGCCACUGGCUGAUUAUAUUACCGUGCACACACCGUUGAUUCCGGCUACAAAGGAUCUCAUUUCGGCGACAACGUUGGCCAAGUGUCAACGAGGCGUUCGGGUGAUCAACGUGGCACGCGGUGGAAUCGUGGACGAGGUCGCACUUUUGAAUGCGCUUGAAAGUGGACAGUGUGGUGGAGCUGCAGUCGACGUGUAUCCAGAGGAGCCGCCGAAAUCGGAAACCACUAAAAAAUUAAUCAAUCAUGCGAAGGUUGUUGCCACUCCUCAUCUCGGAGCAAGUACGUCAGAAGCCCAGGUGCGUGUCGCAGUGGAAGUGGCUGAACAAUUCAUCGCCUUGACGGGUACUUCAGAACUUUACAAGCAGUAUGCCGGUGUUGUCAAUAGGGAAAUUUUGAAGAAUGUGUUUUAAAUUAAAUUGCUAGCAGUUAUUUCGGUCCAUGUCACUCAAGCAGAAAAUUGAAUUAACUCGUCGAUGACAAUAUUUUUAGUGAUUAUAUGAUUAUAAUCUUAUCUUUUCGAUUGAGAGAUUGAACGUGGUCCACAAAAAACAGUAUACUAAUCAUCAGGAGAGUUAUGAUUUUGGAGAAUUGAUUAUUAAUAUUGAUACCAGAAAGUUUGGAAGACAAACUUUUGACUGAUGACAUCAAUUAUAAUAAAAUCAUAUAAACUCAAAAA